GCAGCUUAGAUUGCGAAGUUCAUAGAUGCGAAGUUACCCCAUAUAAGGAAGUUAUUGCUGGCGCGGAUUGGCCUCUCAUUGGUCUAACGAAUAGACCACUUGAAUUCGACCAAUGAGGAGCCAAGAAGUAGCAGCAUGGUCGCAGCCUGCUGAUAAAUAAACGGGGUGCGAACAGAGCUCAGGUUACGCGUGCAGUGAUUGUUUUGAUAUAAGAGCUCUAUAGCCUUGGUUGGAUAUAGCGAUAUCAAUAUAGGGCCCAUUGGAAUUCAGGUUGGGGGAGGUGCAGAAGGCCUCUGGUACGUAGGAAAGCUUUACGAUGGUCUUCGCACAAGACAAGAAGCAUUCGGAUAAGGAAAGGUGGAUAUGCAUCUACCCGUCAUAUAUAAAUAAUCAGAAGACAUUGGCACAAGGCAGAAGAAUACCCAAAGAAAAGGCAGUGGAGAACCCCAACUAUGAGGAGAUCCGGGAUGUGCUCUCCUCGGCCGGCCUGCAGGUGGGCGUCGAGAACAAACUCUACCCGCGCGAGAACAGCAAGGAGCUGCUCUUCCGGGGUCGCAUCCGCGUCCAGCUCAAACAGGACAACGGCAAGCCCGUCAAACCAGAGUUCCCGUCACGUGACUCGCUGCUGCUGUACCUGGCUGAAAACAUUCCGAAGCUAAAGAGCCGCCAGAACCGGCCGGCCGAGGCGGGCGCCGCCGCCGCCGCCGCCGCCGCCCCGGCGGCCACCGCCGGCAAAAAGAACAAAGGCAAGCGGUGAACGGCGUGCGGUGGCAGGUCUCUACCUGAAGAGGGCUGCGCUCGUGUGGGCGCGUGGCUGCCAGCAGCAGAGGGGCGCUGCUCGGCUGGCUGCAUUGGUGAGGGUUGGGAGUGGGGUUUGAUCCUAUCCUGUGUCCGGUGCUCAUAUGUAGCAUCAUUUCUUCUUUCCCGUGUUGUUUUAAAGACAUGGGGGCGAUCAUUGCUUUCCGUCAUUGUAUACUGGAUGUUGGAAAUAUAUUACUACGCUCGAGCUAAA